CGUUUAAGUGCAUUCAACGCGUCUAAGUCCCAAUCUUUGAAUUCACAUCUUAUGUACAAUACAUAUCCUAGGUACCUAUAUAUUAUUAGGCAGCUUGUCGAUGCAUCACUUCGUCUUCAACCCUUUCAUUCAUAACCAAAUCCUACCUGCUUACCCUUACAAUAUUGCUCGUCUAUUUAAAUCUUCUAAUAGUGCAAGGAAAUGUGUUUAAGGACCAAUGGCGAGAUGGAAGGAGCUCGGGGAGGUGCCAGACUCGGACGACGAAAGCGCAUUUGACAGCAGUAGUGAAUCUGAACCCGAGCUUCCACAGCAACAUAUUGAUGUUCACCCAAAAUCUGCCAAAGAAGCAGGACCUGUAAACGAUUCCACAGUCUGGGAUAUACCGUUAUCAUCCCAGACUUUCAAUGAAGUCAAUGAAGAGGUGGAAGAGCGCAAUGCUGAUCGAAAUCUAAUUCAACCACCACUGCAAGCUUCUUCUACCCAACCACGAACCACUUACGAAACCCACAACUCUCAUGAACCCCACGAGCCUCUCGAUCCCUACCAUCUCGAAUCAUCGCCUCUUUCAUCGCCACCCAUUGCUCCUAGUAAUGACCUGGAAGAUACAGCACAACCUGCCGAGGUUGGUAACGUCGUGUCAGAUCAUCUUAAUACGCCUAAAGCAGCCGGUGUUGUUUCACCAGAGCAAUUCGUCACUGCUGUAUUUGAGGCAAAGGAUGUCUCGGACGAGAGCGAGGAUGAAUUUGAGCAGCGAACAUUGCAGUUUGGCCGAUCAUUGCGACCACGUAAACCGAUUCAAGAGCACCCUUACUUGUUGGAAAGUGCUCAGUACAGUAACGCUCUCAAGUCUCGCGGUUUACGUCCAUUACGGUUGCAAGCUGAAGAGGCGGCGAGAAGGAGACAAGAAGAUGAUUCGCAAGAACAGGAAUACGAAGAUGAAAGCCAGUCGACUGCUAUCGAAUUUGCCCGGGAGGAAGCUGAGGAAAGCCAGGACAUCCCACCCGCUGAUCUCUUGAACGAUAUCGACGAUGAGCUUCCACCAGCAGGUAGUCUAUCUGAAACUCACGAGCAGAGAGAGAUACCACAAAAUACUUGGCUGAACAGUUCUCAAAUUGACGAGGAUGAAUUUCCUGAUCUGGCUGACGUUGACAAGUGGAAACUGGAUGGGAAAAAAUCAAGCACGACUACUGUCAGUGCUAAGAGACAGGGCUCGCCUAAAUUAUCGAAGAAAAACAAGCUCCAAAGCCUGCACAAGUCUACUAGGUCUGCGGAAAAGGGUUCACUACCAGUAACAUCUCACAGCAUCUUCGACAUCCCUUUAUCUCCGCCUCAGACAAGUUCAAAUCCCCUCGCCUUGACUCCGGAUAGCGCCGCUGGACGUUCUCGACCUAUACCCUUGUCCACUCCAAAGCCAAGCAGCACAAUAUCUCGAUUAAUUGACAGUCCUGCCCGAGCAAACCAAAGACCAUGCACGAUAGAUCUUACCAUAAUGGACGAUGAAGAUGAGCCUAAUGACCAGAAGGAAACGGAAUCUAGCGAUAACUCUGAAAGUGAUUCCGAAGUUGUACAGGCCACCAUGAGAAGAAGGAUACGUGGUGUAUUGCCUGCGUCUUGGCUUCGUCUUGACCAGCAAACUACACACCAAAAGAACAAGAGGGCACCACCACAACGAAGUCCAGAUCAUUCGCCGGAGCGGACCCAGAGAAAGGGUGUAGCUCAGCGCCGGAAGGCUUUGUCGGGAUCCAGCACUAACAUAAUCCCUUCUCUUGAUGAUUCAGACGACAAUAUGACGUUAGGAGUAAACGAUUUCGACGACCCUUACAGCAACACCAGCAACACCAGCAACAUUAUUCCCGUUUUUGAAGACGAUGUUGGCUCAGUUGUUGAAGAUGACUCUAUCGACUAUAUGCUCUCUCGUGGUAAAAGGACCAAUGCUGUCACUGACGGUACGGACCGACCUCGAAAACGACGAAAAAAUAACCAGCCGAUUCCCAAGGGUCAACAUCGUCAACCGAGAAUCACCAAGCACUUGGAUGGGGCCAAAAACACUACCGCCCGAUCUGUCGCCAAUAAGUGUCGAGGCAAAAACGCUUCACAUACAGAACAUCGAACAAAGGAGCCUGGGAGAGUGUCAGCAACAUUCACACCCCCACCGUACCUUAGCAUUUUGGAUGUUAUGGAAUCAAAUGCACCCUCUUUCAUUCGUGUAGCUGCUAGGACUGCUCGUCAUAGACUAGAUAAGGGGAGAUCAAGCCCUUCAAGAAAGCAAAUUGCCCUCGGGAAGCGCUCAGACAAUGUCGAUGCUGUGGGUACUCUCAGAGACUGGAAAAUGGGUCGUAUUCAACCCAAGGUUUCUCAUAACACCACAAAUCCGUUGCUACCAACCUCAUCCAAGCCCCUUCAACCUUUGUCCCAGAAUCAACCUAUUCGGCCGCCGAAAUCAGGCUCUAGACUUCGACCACAUCGAACUGUGCCCUCCAGCCGCUUCUCACAACCUCUUGUCGCAAUUAAACAAGCAAGGCUUGAUAAUUUCGUGACCACUGAAGCAGCAGUGUCUUCUAAACCUACCCAGCCGCAACCUACCAAUCCUUUACCCAGACCCCGUCAAAUAAAUCGAACAGGUUCAUCUAAUGCAGCAUCACGGCCUGCACAACUUGAAACAACUGGUGAAAGGGCUGGACGAUACGCCUUUCAUGCGCAAAAGAGAGCUCUGGAUGCAUUAUAUCGAAAUUCGCGUAGAACAUUGCCAACUUCAACCAGUGUUGGGCUGGAACGAUUGGUGGGUGGUAGUGAGUCUGUUGCAGAUUCUGAUAUACAUGACGAGGACCCGCCACCAAGCAACAGCCCUGAAAAGCUCGAGCCCGUGCCAUUGCGUAAACGGUUGAAGCCCCGAAAACAUUUUCAGCCCCGGCGAGUAGAUACUGCAGAACCCCAGUAUGCGCAUGCCAACGAUCCUCUGCCUCCAGAGGUAAGCCCUGUUAGCCCUUUUGUAGAAGUCACACGUCCCUCAGAGCCCACAGGGAAACUGCUGGGACUCGGACCAUUUGGCACGCACUACACACAGCAUUUCGAGAUUUUCCCACUCGACCUAGGCGUUUUCUUCCAUGAGAGCACUCUCCUCGGGAGUGGAAGGUUAAUGAAAGCUUUAGAAGAAAAACCUCGCGAUAGUCUCCAUCGUCCGCGAGGUCAUGGCACGUUUAUUCUCGACGAAAAAACACUUCGUUGGGGUCGAUGGGACGCACAAACUUCGUCGGAAGUAGGCAUAGCCUUUGACUGGAUUGUCGACUACCUUCAUUCUGCCCCUUCCGACUCUAGCAAUAGUGUGAGCCCAGUACAAGCUGUGGAAUUCAUCCUAGAUUAUCUUCAGUGUCAUGUAAGCUUUUCGGGUGACGAAAGUGAAAAACAUUUCACAGGUCGGGCCUUGGAAAUGUUGCAAAGCUUUGCGAAUCGUUUAGAGGCCUUGCCACGACGCGCUCAAAGUGAAGCCCAGCUUUUCAUAGACAUCUUGAGCCGCACCUUGCUGAUCACGUUGCAAGUCUUGCGAAUUUGCCAUGACCUUGGUCAGUUAUCAGAGUUGUUCCAUCUUGAAGAAGUGCUUUCACGAAUCGCAAAAAGGGCGGUCCAUGAACUACUAGCGACUGACUUGGUAGAUAUUCGGAACAUAUUCUGUGAUCUACAGCAAACACGCUUCCGCGAGAGAGGUAUUCGCAAUGAGCAUCAUUCGAUGGUGUGCUGGACCAUACUCAUUCGAGUUCUUGAAGAGGCUCAUAUUCCUAAGUCCGGUUUCUGGGAUCUUGUAUCUUCUGCCAUGCUAAACACAGACCUAAGCGCUAUAAACGAUGCACAUUCCUUCGAGCGAAUAUGGCGUAACCUCUUUACUCUUCUCCCCCUCGGCGAGUUCGACAAUACGGGCGUUAUUAUUCCAGGCACUAGGCAUUUCUCACCUUUAGAGGGCUGGGCUCUACCCCAAAAACUACUCAAGCGAAUCUUCCAGUUGUACGAGAGCAACUCGCGGCAAGCACCGAGUUUCAAUGAUUAUUGUCGAGGGAUUGUCAGUCGUUGCCAUUAUCUCGUAGAGCAGUGGGGCUGGAGGAAGUGCAAUAGCAUAAUUGGAACCAUCUUCGACUUCUUUGCUGCCCGAGGCCUCUCCCAUUUGCGUAAUGAGGAAGUUUACAAGUCACCUGAAUUUCUAGAGAACCUUGCGGAAUCUCCCUCGCUCGUCAUCCUACCGGAAGACAAGUGCUUUCAUAUUUUUCUAAAGCUUUUAGCCUUAUCCAUCAAACGCCUUAACAACUAUGGUUUGACUAAGGAUACCAGAAACCUGGUAGCCAGAGUACUGCCGAAUCAUGACCGGCAGUACGACAAAGAGAAGGAUAUCUACGAAAGUGAUCUAGCUGCCCUAAGAAAUCACCAUGAUCUUCUCUGCACACUCUUCUGGGCGGCGCCGCCGAGUUUACGACCUUCGGUGCAGACCAUCGAGAAGUUAGUGUUACCUAGCAGUUCCCAUAAAGAGGCAUGCUUGAUUAGCUUGCGAGCCUGGAGCCAGCUGUCGCGUUUCGUAAUAUCCCACGAGGACAAUGACAAGUACAAAGCUUUCGCGGAUUGGCAGAGGAAUAUUUUCCAGCAGGUAAUGGAACAGUAUUUAUCCGCCGAAACCGACAUUCAAACGCAACUAUUAAACAUGUCUAAAAAUGCCUCGAAAGACAUCAGCCGAGAAAUGAUGAAGACGGUUAUCAAAUUAAACAGGAAAAGCGCAAUGGAUGUGCUAUACUUCUCGAUGAGAGGCUUCCUGGGGGUUAUGCAGAACGCUCCAACUCUCAGCGCCGCAUCGUUUGCGCUGAAUUAUUAUCAGCUGGAUCAGGUUUUCAAACGUUUCCCCUUCUCGUCGAUAGACUUCGAUUGGAGUAGUCUGCGGGCUGCAUUGGAUAUUCUUGACUAUUACAUCACUCAGAUCGAGAAAUUCUUGCGCCAGGACUUUAUAGAAGCUGACUACUCAUGGCACGGUGAAGAUGCCAUACUGCUUCUUGAGCGCAAAAUGGCUGCACCUUUUUUCGAAAUGCUUCGCACAAUUACCACGACGGACUUCAGGGAUUCCGAGCUCGGCCCCACGAGUGAUCGUAUGAUAUGCAUAGAGCAAGCUAUUUUGCUCGGGGCCCGACUGGCAGCACGGUUAAUUCAUGCUCAACUUAUGACUGUCUCUCAAGUGUUUGUAGCUGUGGGGUUCGGCAUGUCCCGUAAACCAUCGACGGCCGUGGGUUUGCCUUCAAGACAAUAUCAUACUCUAUUCCUGGCCACGCUGGUUGAGCAGGGCAUAUGCAGUUUCAAGGACUUGGGCUGCACAACCCUUGAUUUCAUCCUAACCGAAAUUGUCAAGCCUUACCACUUCCUAGCCUACGAGAACCGCCUUGCUCUAGCAAUCAAACGUCAUGGUAGCCCCUAUUUGAAAGAUGCUGCCAUUAAAGUUGGAAACAGCCCUGAUUAUAAUUCAAACAGGGUUUUGUUUAGACACGUCGUUGCCAUGAUGCGUAAGACCCUGUUGUCUAUGGAUAGCAAAAGGCGACGAGAGUUACAGGCGGAUUUCUCCAAGACCGUGAAGGGCACGAUGGAUCAAAUGAAGCUUGAUCUAAAGUGGGCUGAGAAAACCGUUACACGCGAAGCGCACAAAGAUUACAUCGAGUUCGUCCAGUCAAUUGUCAGCAUGAUUAAAUCGCAUGAUAUUUGCCCCGUAGAUACCUAUUUCUACCGAAUCAGCCCAGAGUAUUCCCCGUCUCGGCAGGAUCCUCGCCUACAGCUGGCGGGCAUACUCUCAUGGGCUCUCAGGCUAGAGGAAGGUGAAACUAACGCUGCAUCCAACCUAUUCUACCUUCUAUUGCCAAACUUCAAGCUUGCUGUUGAGAAAUCUAAGCUUCAGGAAGAAAAAGUUAUUAUUAUGGAAGGAAUGAGAAACCGGCAUUUUCUCGCCUUUAUACUUGGCAGAAUGUUCCCGGCAAUCAUCACAACAUUAUCGGGAGGGGUUAACACAUUCUGGGCACUACUGAACUUGUAUAUGGAGGCCUUUGAAGACAUGCUUACAACGCCCUGCAUCCACGGGCAAAUUGGAAAGCGGGAUGGAAGCAAUCUUGUCGUUCUCCUGGAUUAUGCAAUUUCGGCGAUUGCCAGGGUCUGGGGAUGUUCGCAACACCCCAACCCUCCUCAUAUGCCUCUCUACACACUUACCCAACUCAUACACCUCCUCAACUUACUCUUGCCCAUGUUCACAGCCUACUUGGUAAAUAACGCGCCGUCUCAGUCUACAGUAGCACGAGACAUUGCCAAGAGAAUCGACUACCUUACGAACCACGCGAUCACGGCCAAUAAGCAUAUAAGAAACUCUCUCAACACCGGCAACUCUCUAUUUCCACUUCAAUGUGCUGCGCCACGGGAACAGCUCGGGGUGGAGAGUAACGACGAAGUCGAGAAGUUCGCACAAGUUUUGGCCGCGGACCUCGAUUUCACACUACUCCCCACACAGUCAAAGUGGGAUGUAGGGAGGCUUGCCUCGGAAUAUAAACAGCUUUCGCUUUCGCUCUGCGCCAGCUGGGGCCCAUCAGCGUCGAAUUCAAGGCUGGACUUAGACUUGUUACCGAUCGAUAGAUUUUUGUUUUAGUUAUAGAUGCAUUUUUUGAGCAUGGCGUUGGCGGUUGAUGCAUGUUGCAUAGAUACCUACCUACUGACUACCUACCUACUCUUUAAUGAAGAGGAGUUAGACGUGAGGAUGAUAUGAUGGUAGUUAUGUUCCGGUUAAAGGGGAUGCUGUCAAAUAUAAAUAUACCCGCUGCAUCUAUUU